GGGGGUAGGGCCUCUCCUUAGUUUCCUUCCUCCGUGAGCUGCAGCAAGCAUAGAGUCUCUCAUAGAGUUAUAGUGAGAAACUCUAUGGCAGCAAGCACAUGUGGCCGCUGUAGUAGGAAACAGUGGAAGCUCUGACCUCACCGACUUCGUUGUUUGAAUGUGCCUCCGAUGAAUCGCAGGCGAGUUCAUUGCAGUUCAAACCGCGGAGUAUAAAUCGCUCGUCACUCCUGCAGCCACAGCCAGCCCUGUACUACUGCGUCAGGCCGUGGACUAUGCUUGCGCUUGGCGCCGUACGCGUGAUGACCCGCUGGUCAGUGCGCCGAUGUAUUCUCCUGGCGACAGCGGCGAGGCCAAGCACGGCGAAGUCUCUGGUCACGGAUCGCUGUGCGUUGUUGCUCCGCGAUCAUACGACCUAUCUGUUGACAGCUCGCAACGUUCCGUGCUUGCAGCCCCUGAGGAGCAAGUCCAAGAAAGCGAAGAGCAAGUCACCGGCCGCCCAGGUACCACCAUGAGGAGUGCUGAAUUCACCUUCUUUUUUGAUGUAAAGUGCUUCAAUGGCGAGAGCGUGCAGACGUUUUUGGCACUUGUGCUGGUUGCUGACAGACUUGCACCUCACUAUGAAGGAUGAAGAAGAGGAUGAGGAUGAGGAGGAGGAGGAAGCAGAGAGCCAGGAGUAUGGAGACAAUGAGCGGGUGGCCUUUGUGAGCUCACUUCGAAUAGACAGCAUUAUGAAAGCUGGCAUCAACAUGUCCAAGACGAAAGUUCUCGAGAGCUUCUACAAUGGCAGCAUACGUCUAAAUGGCCAGAAGGUCCCCAAAAAGAGCAUCCAGGUUUGCAUCGGUGACGAGGUCGACCACGUUCUGGGGUUCAGUGCACAAAAUCCAAACCUCAUGGAAGUUGACCGCGUCACUCUGCUGGCCACGCAUCACGACCGUGUGACCGACAAAGGCCGAUUCCAAGUGCGGCUACGCUGCCAACGACGACUUGUAAUUGAAAAGUAUGCAGACGAAGACUGAAUAACGGACUGUGCCUUCCCUCUUAGUCGACUGAUGUUGUUGCUAGCCUACCAUUAACAUGUCAAGUUUGGAACUUGCAGCGAAGUGAUGAUGCGAUGGCAAGCACUAUGUCUGUAGUUACGGGGCGUGAUUAAAGAAGCCACCAAACCUAAAUCUAGGUUGUAUCUUGGUUAUAAGUAAAACAGGUUGCUUAACUGCCA